GGAUAUCGAAUACAUGCAGCUCAGCCUGGUACUGGACUACUGGUACCGCCUACCGGUAGUGGUAGGCAAUUUAAAGCGGAAUGUCUUCUUCAGGAAUAUCCACGGAAUCGCAAGAGACUUCGUAAUCUGUGCUAUCUUUGACACUCCGUGUCAGUGGACGAGCUAUUUAAGUGGUGUGAAUACAUGAAUAAGUGGUCAGUGAAUCUAUUGCGUGCUUGAUGCAUCUGAUCGGAAGCGGCAAGCCGAAGCAAGGAUAUCCAUGGAACAAAACAUCCUGAUGCAGCUCUCAAAGUUAAAUGGCCUAUUUGCUGUGAGGAAGCCAAUGGGUAUCACAUCGGCGAAGGUCGUAGGCAGAGUGAAGGCUGCGUUGCUCAGAGACCUCAAGAAUGCAGAAAAGACAGAGGGUCUGGGAGGAGAUGGACAGGCUCAGAAUGCUCAAGGUGGUUCAUAUACCCAACGAGCUGAUGAUCAGAAAUGGAUCAAACUCCCUAAAAUGGGUCAUGGAGGAACUCUGGAUAUGAACGCCACCGGUGUGCUCGUGAUAGGAUGUGGGAGAGGUACCAAGUUACUCUCAUCAUUUCUUCAAGGAGGAAAGGUGUAUGUAGCCCAAGGAAGACUAGGCAAAGCAACAGAUACGAUGGAUGCCUCUGGGAAAGAAGUCAAGACAGCAAAAUUUGAUCAUGUGACCAAGUCUGGGUUUGAGAAGAGUCUGGAAACCUUCCUUGGUGACAUUCUUCAAGUUCCGCCCGUUUAUUCAGCUUUGAAGGUGGAUGGGAAGCGCAUGUCUGAUCGAGCAGCAAGAGGAGAGGAUGUACUACCCAAAGCAGCCAGACCAGUCAAAGUGUACGAUUUACAGUGCCUACGAUUUCAUCCACCGGAUUUUGAAAUAGAAGUCCAUUGCGGGGGAGGAUUCUAUGUGAGAAAACUAAUCCAUGAUAUUGGAAAGAGUCUCGGAACCUGUGCAUUCAUGACGGGGUUGUGUCGGACGAACCAAGGUUGCUUUCAGCUAGACCAGCAUGCAUUGCCAGAAGAGAAAUGGACAUUGGAGGAUAUAGUAAAAGCCCUUGAUGAAUUUCAUACCAUGGAUCCGGGUGUUAGGUGACCAAGCCCAAACAAUGUAUGGACUCUAAACAGGACUGUAACACUUGCAGUUUGCCAACCACUUAUGAGAGCAGACUGAACGAGAGACGUCUUCUGGUAAUAAAUUUACACCUUUCGUGCAAUCUUUGAAUGGUCCAGGAGAGCGUUUCAUGAUAGGACAUGUCGGACGUUUUAUAUGCCAAGCUGAAGUGUUC